UUGGUUCCCACGCCCCAAACCCCCAGCGGUCUAAUACCCAAACACCCCCAUAGAAGAGGAGAACAGAACAGAGCAGAACAGCGACUUGAUCUGCAAACCUCCUCCAGUUUCCCACGAUGAAACCCUGGAUCCUCCUACUGCUACUCAGCCUCUCGAUUUCAUCGAAUCUAGCCUUCCAAUCCGACGAACUUCUCAUCACCGACGAUGAAGAAUUCGGUCUAGAAGGCGGCCGUCCAUCAUCACCGUCACCUCAGAUCCCAUCUCGUUCUACCAGAAAGCGGUCAUCAGAUUCUGAAUCGGACUCUAGAGUCCAAUUCGCACUCGAACACGCCUUCGGAGACUCCUCCGAGUUCUCCGUCGCCGGCACUUUCACUGCUCGUCUUAAAACCUCCCCUCAUGGUGGUCAGACUCUUACAAAGCUUCGGUUCUCAAGGAAUGAUCUUACUUCAACAGAGAAGGAGAAGUUUAAGAAACUACUGGAAAACGACGACUACUACAAAAUAAGGUUACCGUCUGACGUGUUAAAUGCUCCUGGAAGGGACUAUGUUAUAUCCUCAGUGAAGGCAAGAUGUCUCCCAAGCAAUGGACUGGAUGAGCAUAUUCUUAUACACAUGGAGGGUGUUAAUGUUUUGGCUGUCAACUAUGGUGCUCCAGGGGCCUGCCAGUAUCCUCGUCAACUAAAACUUCCUACAAAAUGGUCCUUCAACUCCCACACAGUUCUAAAACACAGCGAGCUGGCACCAAGGACUCCAAUAUUUUCUGAAGAUAUUGGUGGUGGUGAGAUUGGAGACGAUGAAGGUGUAAAGCCAAUGGUGGAGAGGUCCUUUUGGGCUAAAUAUUGGAUGUACUUGGUCCCUCUUGGACUCAUUGUGAUGAAUGCUGUCACCCAAGGCUUGAAUAUGCCUGAAGAACAGGCCAGCGGUCAAACUGGUCAAACACAACAGGCGGUUGGUGCAGCCCCGCGGGGCCAGGGUGCGGCUGUAAGGAGACGGUGAGAAUAAUGGUUAGAGUCCACCUUUUAAAUCAUUUUCUUGAAAUGAUUGAAGUUACGUUGAGGUUAAUUUCAUGUACAAUUAAUAUUAUUGUUAGAUUUGAGAUUUCCUUCAUAGUGACAUGUUAAUCUCCAUAUAUUUGAGACUUUUUCUUCCAUUCAUGUUUAAGCGGAUCAGUCUUAGUUGGAUCCGCAAUCUUUGCCCGUUA